UUGGUUUUUCCUGUCUCCCUCCAUGUCAGUCACGGGAACGAGCACACACGCAUAAGCACACAUCAUCCACUAUAUAAAUUCCCUAAUCCACAGAGAUUCUGCAGCUUUUGCUUAAACUAUGACGGAGGAAGAGUUAUACACGGUGUACAAGGGGGUCUACGUGGUCUCAUCUGUGCACACGCCAGAGAGUCUGGAAUACUUUGAAGAGUUUGUUUUUCGCCCAGAUGAUAUCAUCGUCGUGACGUAUCCCAGGUCAGGUACACACUGGAUGAAGGAGAUUGUCCCUCUGAUCAUGAGUGGAGGAGAUCCAGCACCUGUUGACACGAUUGUUAGCUGGAAUCGUGUUCCCUGGCUUGAAGCGCAGCAGACCGCCUCCCUCAAACUUGAACAGAGGCCGUCUCCACGACUGUUCACUACACACUUCCAGUACAACAUGAUGCCACCAUCUUUCUUUGAAGUAAAGCCAAAGGUCAUCUAUGUGACGAGGAACCCCAAAGAUGUGUUCACAUCGUCUUUUCAUCUUCAUGAGGCGGCUUCCUUCCUGGCAAACCCAGGCCCACAGACCCAGUUCCUCCACAAGUUCCUUGAUGGAAAAGUUCUGUUUGGCUCGUGGUUUGAUCAUGUAAAGAGCUGGCUGAAUGCUGAAGAUAAAGACCACAUCAUGCACAUCUCCUAUGAACAGAUGAUAAUGGAUCUGAAGGGCUCUGUGUGCAACAUGGCUCAGUUCCUGCAGAAAUCUCUGGACGAUGAAGCGAUAGAGAAGAUAGCCGACCGAUGUUUGUUCAAGAACAUGAAGAAGAACAACAUGUCAAACCACUCUAUUGUUCCUCGUGAAUUACUGGACCAGACAAAGUCUGAGUUUCUCAGGAAAGGAAUAGCUGGAGACUGGAAAAACCAGCUAACCCCGGCAGAAGCAGCGCACUUUGACGCUGUUUACAAAGACAACAUGAAAGAUGUCAAAUGUACAUUUGCAUGGGAUUAAAUGGGAUUACUUUAACAUUGCCUCCUGCAGUUUACCAUGAUUCUCAGAAAUGAAUAAGCCAUUUCUUAUUCACCACACAUUGUUUGGUUAAUGAGGUUUGUGGCAGCAGAAACACAAACAAACAUUCUUUAACUCCUCUUAAUAGAUUAAUUAUUUCAUAGACAGAGUCUAAUCAAAGAUGAUGUGUUUGAAGUACUAGGCACGAGCAACCCUCUCUCUAACUUCUUGAUCUGUUCAUAUAACACUGCCUUAACAGAGUUGUUGUGUGACCUGAGGUGUUCACCUUGGCUGGUUUGUGUCAUGGCCAAACCGAUUAUUGAUUUACCAUAAAUCAUGUAUUAUUUCACUUUAUGCAUCACCAGGUCAAGUCAACCUACACUUGAACUAGUAACAAAUAAACCCAAUGAGCCUCAGGUGACCUUACCUUACUAUGUUAAUGUGUAACAAUGCAAAUAUGAUAUCAGACACAAUCAUACCAAAACCUUUAAGCAACAUGAACCUGCUUGCCUUAUAGUGAACGGAUGAA